AUGUCUCGCUUCGUGUCUGGCGGCACCGAUGACGAGCUCAGCCAACGAGAUGGAGCGUGGCUGAAAGCUCAGCAGGAAAUCGAAGCGAAACGGCUCGAGGCGGACAUUGGCAAGCAGCAGGAUGGCAAGUCUCUGUACGAGACGCUGCAAGCAAACAAAGGUGUCUCUUACUGCUGCACUCCUGGGAAAGACACACACUGACGUGUUAGGUGGGUGAGCCGCCAAGCAGGAGCAAUUUGAGCAGUCAAUCCGCUUGUCCAACCAAUUCCAGACAUUGAAUGAAGGUAUCGUUGCCUCUAAGUUGAGAUCUCCUCCAGGCACAGAGACUGACACAUUUGACGUAGACGAGGUGGAGUUCUUAGACUCUGUACUGGAAUCCACGCGCGCCCAGGAAGCUGCAGUGAAGAAGCAGACCGCGGAAGACCUCGAUGCUUUCCGUAGACAGCAAGAGGAAGCAGAGCGAGCGGCCAAGACAGCAGACACGUCUGAAGCAGUCGACGCGAUAGAUACGACCAGUUGGGCAGUGAGCCGAAAGCGGAAGAAAGGACGAGAGGACCUUCUUGGUGGAGUCAAGCUACGCAAAGCUUCAUCCGGAGACAAGGUUUUCGGAGAUGGAAAGCAGGCUGGAUCCGAGUCCACGCCUGCCCUGGUUGAGGGUAUGGGCGAGAAGUCAGAGGCUGGAGAAAAGACUAAAACCACCAAAGCUGACGCGAAAGAUGGCACCCAACCAUCUCCGGUUGCUUCGCCGCGAACUAGUCCAGCUACUGCCGCUCCUGGUCUGGGACUCGGUGCCUACUCUUCGGACGACGAUGAUUGA